AUGGAGUUUGCCUGCGGCAGCGUCGCGGCCGCGGCGGACAGCCCUGGCGCAGCGGCGGCGCGGCCGAGCCGGUACGAGUCGCAGAAGCGGCGGGACUGGCACACGUUCGGGCAGUACCUGCGCAACCACCGGCCGCCGCUGGAGCUGCCCCGGUGCAGCGGCGCGCACGUGCUCGAGUUCCUGCGCUACCUGGACCAGUUCGGCAAGACCAAGGUGCACGCGGCGGGGUGCCCCUUCUUCGGCCACCUGUCGCCGCCGGCGCCGUGUCCGUGCCCGCUCAAGCAGGCGUGGGGCAGCCUGGACGCGCUCGUCGGCCGACUGCGCGCCGCGUUCGAGGAGCACGGGGGACGGCCCGAGGCCAACCCUUUCGGCGCGCGGGCCGUCAGGCUCUACCUCCGCGAGGUCCGCGACAGCCAGGCCAAGGCGCGCGGCAUCGCCUACGAGAAGAAGCGACGCAAGCGCCACCCGCCGGCGCACCGCCAGCCCAAGCAGCAACAGCAGCAGGAGGAGGACGCCCAGCACCAGUAUCCGUUGCACGCCGCGCCGGGCCCUGAGGCCGAGCGGCGCCCCGUUGACGUGACCGAGCAGCCGGCGCCGCACUUCUUGAUCCCGCACGCGCACUUCCUCCACGGCCAUUUCCUGGCGCCGGUGACCCAGCCCAUCGACCCGGCCGCGGGCGGAGGUGGUGGCGGCGGCGGCGGCACUGGGGAGGAUAUUGUGCUCGCAAUGGCGGCCGCCGCCGAGGCGCACGCGGCCGGGUUCUUCAUGCCGCUGUCCGUGUUCCACUAG